CCGAAGAGAGAGGGGUCGGCAUCAAACCUGUGUUUACUUCCGGAUUUCCUGUAUAUGGCAGAGCUUGAAAACAGCCACUGCACUUGCCCUACGAGCUCCGCGAGAGCCCCGAGCCCCGAUCCGAACCGAGAGCGUCUCCGGUGAAGCGCUGCUCUGGUGACCGGAGGUCCGCCAUACUCCGGCACAGCAGCAGAGAGACUAGCGCAGCUUCAGCCGACCAUUCAAGACACAAAGUAUCCUUCUGCCACCCUUCGCCAAACGUCAAAGUCAAUGCGGUCCUCGAUCGGAGCGCUGGAGCUCGUCCCCCGGCCCCUCCGUCUCCUCUCGUGCGCUUGGCAUUAACGCGCUAGAGCCGGGGAUUAAACACAGCCGAGAGCCGACACACACUUAGAGAAGGAGAACAAGAGGGGCACGGAAGCUCUGCUUGGAUUUAUCUCUUUCAGUCAUCAUGGACUGGUUGAUGGGGAAGGGCAAAGGGAAGCCCAAUGGAAAGAAGCCGUCCGCCGAAGAGAAGAAGCUUUAUCUGGAGGCAGAAUACACCAAAGUGCGAGUCGUGGACUUCGAGCUCAAGGAGCUGGUGGUUUUGCCGAGAGAGAUCGACCUGAACGAGUGGCUCGCUAGCAACACCACAACGUUCUUCAAUCUCAUCAACCUGCAGUACAGCACGAUCUCUGAGUUCUGCACCGGAGACACGUGUCCGGCCAUGACCGCCUGCAGCACGACGUACUACUGGUAUGAUGAGAAAGGGAAGAAGACGAAGUGCACAGCGCCGCAGUACGUGGAUUUCGUCAUGAGUUCAGUUCAGAAGCUGGUGACGGAUGAAGACAUCUUUCCCACCAAAUACGGUAAAGAGUUCCCCAACACCUUCGACUCGCUGGUGAAGAAAAUCUGCAGGUAUCUCUUCCACGUUCUGGCCCACAUCUACUGGUCCCACUACAAGGAGACAGUGGCCAUGGACCUGCACGGACACCUAAACACACUCUACACACACUUCGUGGUAUUUAUAAGGGAAUUCAAUCUGAUGGACCCCAAGGAGACGUCGAUAAUGGAGGACCUGACGGAGGCCCUGUGCACGCCGCUGCCCCCUCAGCCACAGAACCACGUGACGGAGAGAUGAGUCCGGCGCCGAGCCAGGGUUCAGAAGAACUGCUGGGACUCACCCUCCCUGAACAUUGCUCUCUUUAGGACCCAGUUCGGAGCACUGAGUUACCUCAGACGCAGCCGUCUAACCCUUUAACCAAGAACACCCUGACUCUGUUUCCGCUCUCCUUCGCGUCUUCCCUCGUCUUUGGCCCCGUUUGAGCAGCACUUUCCCCUCUCUUGGUUUGAUAAGGGUGUCGGCUUGGUCCUCGUCUACGGUAUACAGGUUUCUUUUCCAUUUUUAUAGGGUAAAAGGGGUGUGUGUGUGUGUGUGUGUUCAAGGCUUUUGCACUCAGGAACUGAGAGAGCUGUCAAUGCUACCUGCUCACCCAUUAGCCUCUCGGUGUCACUUUACUCAUCAUAUGUCAAUCCCAUCAGACUUGUGUUGACCACUGUAGAGGAGAGCCGAGGAGAACCGGGCGGCCGGGACCUCGUGUGACAAAGACAUUCGCAUUUGUCUGCUGUUGAAUCCGAAGCGUCUGGGCUUGUAAUCAUGUCUGGCCUCACUCUGAAAAGACGAUUUGUGAAAGGAAAAGAAUGUACACUUAGUGUCUAUGUAUUGAUUGCAAAGAUUAUUAUGUUGGAGCGACAGAGAGAGCGAGAGAUGUUUUAGUUCUCCCUUCAUCACUGUUCAGAGAGUUUGUGUUGCGACGAGAAGAUCGGACCUUUUGCUUUAAUUUAAUUUAUUUCUCGGUUUUCUUGUUUCUUUUCGUUUUUUGGUUUUAGUUGACGUUUUUUUCAGGGCUCCUCAGUUCUGGCUUUUGUUUUAUGUAUUUUAAUAAUACUUUAAGUUAAAAGCGAUUUAAUAUUUUAAGCUCUGCAAAUUAUAACCUAAUAAAAUAUUUAAAAAUCUCAAAUAA